AUGACUCAUUUGCCGGGACGGCUCCUCGUCUCGCUGUGGUCGCCGGUUGCCCCACCGCCACCGGUUGUCCAGCUGCCGCCGGUCAUCCAACUGCUGCCGCCAGUCAUCCGGCUGCCGCCAGUCGCCCCACCACUGCCAGUCACCCCGCUGCCAGUCGUCCGGCCGCCGCCAGUCACCCCACCGCUGCCAGUCGUCCGGCCGCCACCAGUCACCCCACCACUGCCAGUCACCCCGCUGCCGGUAGCCCCACCGCCGCCAGUCAUCCUGCUACCACUGCUGGUCGCCCCACCACCACCGGUCGCCCCCACUGUCGGUGACCAUCCUGCUGCCAACAGUUGUCCUGCUGAGGCUGGCAAUCAUCCCGUCGGCUGA